CCGCCGCCGCCGACGCACCGACGCCGCACUCGACGCGAGCACUGCGUGAAGUACCGCCUCGACUGCCAUGGCGACGCGCCACGCUGAUUCAUCAAGGCACGACCGCGGUCGCUACGAGCCGCCCCGCCGCGACCGCUCGAGAUCGCCGCGCCGAGACGCAGACCGCGCGCGGGGGGACCGCCGCGACGACCGCCGCGAUGACCGCGACCGUGGGGAUCGUGGCGACCGCGGGGAGCGAGGGGACCGCUACGGCGACCGCUACUCGGGCAGCAGGCGGGACCGCGAGAGAGACAGGCCCGCCCGCCGCGACGACCGCCGGGACGAUCGCAGGGACCGCCGCCGCUCGCGCUCGCCUGCCCGCAGAGACCGCUCUCGAGACCGCCGCGAUGACCGCUACCGCCGCGACGACCGCAGCCGCAGCCGCGCCCGGGGCGAGCGAGACGACCGCCGCCGCCGCUCGAACUCACGUCUCUCGACCUCACGCCGCCCGGGCUCGUCGGCUGCCACGCCCGCGCCCGACACCCGCCGCGACCGCCUGCCCUCGGCCGCGCGCGACGACAAGCGGGACCCCGACGAGGACAAGAAGGCGGCGCGCGCUGCCAAGCUGGCCGAGUGGAAGAAGCUGAACGCAGGGCGCCUGGCCAAAGACAAGGGCGACACCAGCGCCGCCGCCUCGCCUGGCGUCUCUGCACCACCCACGCCCUCUGUCGCUGCCACGCCGCCGCCCACCGAGCCCGCCAAGCCCAAGGUCACUGCGAAGAGCGCUGCCGACAAGCUGAAGCAGAAGCAGCCCGAGAAGUCCACCUUCCGCCUCGACGAGUCGGCCGCCGCCCGUCCGCUGGCUGCCAAGCCCGCCGGCAAGCCCGUCACCACACCCGCGGUUGCACAGCCAUCCAAGACAGCCGCUAACAUCGGCGCCUUUGGGCUGAAGACCAAGAACGCCCUCGAGACAGCGUCGACGAAGAAGGCCUUCCUCGACGACGACACCGACACUGGCAAACGCAAGUUCCAGGCCCUGCCCGCCUUCGCGCCCAUCGACGACGCCGACCACCUCCCUGACGCCGAGGAAGAGGAUGGCGCUGCGCUGGACGACAUGGGCAGCGACGACGAGGAGAACAACGCCCAGCUGCAGGCCCAGCUCGAGAAGCGCCGCACCGAGAUGGCUGCCGCGACCGAAGACACCGCCAUGGAGGAAGUCCCUGAGCAGGCCGCCGAGAUGGACGUGGACCAGAGCGCCGAUGCCGAAGACGAGAUCGACCCUCUCGAGGCCUUCAUGGCCGGCCUCACCGAGCCUGCCCCGAGCCGCUCGGCGCCCCAGGGCACCGCCAUGUUCAACGACGACCUCGAGCCCGAGCAGACGUCUGUCGAAGCUGAAGAUCUGCUUGCCAUGAACGCCCACAAGAAGAAGAAGAAGGAAGCCCCGGUCGUCGACCACAGCAAGGUCGAAUACGAGCCCUUCCGCAAGAACUUCUACACCGAGCCCUCCGAGGUCUCCGCCAUGACGCCCGAGGAGGUCGCUGAUCUCCGCCACGAGAUGGACGGCAUCAAGGUCAAGCCUGAGGAUGUUCCCCGUCCCGUCACCAAGUGGGCGCAGAUGGGUCUGCUGCAGGCCACCAUGGACGUCUUCCAGAAGGUGCGCUACGACCGGCCCACCGCCAUCCAGGCGCAGGCCAUUCCCAUCGCCGAGUCGGGUCGGGAUCUUAUCGGCGUUGCUAAGACAGGUUCUGGUAAGACGCUGGGCUUUGGCAUUCCCAUGAUUCGACACAUCCUCGAUCAGCGCCCGCUCAAGUCCUCUGACGGACCCAUCGGGCUGAUUCUAGCGCCCACGCGAGAGCUAGCCCUGCAGAUCAAGAACGAGCUGAAGCCCUUUCUGCGCGCGUCCGGCAUCAAGAUCGAGUGCGCGUACGGCGGCGAGCCCAUCUCUGACCAGAUCGCCAUGAUGAAGCGCGGUGGUAUCCACGUGCUCUGCGCGACUCCCGGCCGUCUCAUCGAUCUGCUGCAGAGCAACUCCGGUCGUGUUUUGAGUUUUAGACGCAUCACAUAUGUCAUCCUCGACGAGGCCGACCGCAUGUUCGACAUGGGCUUCGAGCCGCAGGUCAUGAAGAUUCUCGCAAACGUCCGCCCUGACCGCCAGACCAUCCUCUUCUCGGCCACCUUCCCCAAGAACAUGGCGGCGCUGGCCCGAAAGGCGCUCAACCAGCCGGCUGAAGUCAUCAUCGGCGGCCGCAGCAAGGUCGCGCCUGAAAUCACGCAGAUCAUCUCGCUGGUGCAGCCGUCGUAUGAGAAGAAGAUCAACAAGCUGCUUCUGCACCUUGGCCAGCUGUUUGCCGAGGACGAGAACGCACAGGUGCUGGUCUUCACUGAGAAGCAGGAGACGGCAGAAGAUCUCUUGUCAAAGCUAUUCAAGGCGAAGUAUUCCUCUGUCAACACUAUCCACGGCGCCAAGGACCAGACGGACCGUAACGAAGCUAUCAACGACUUCAAGCAGGGCGUGCUGUCCAUUCUCGUCGCCACCUCUGUGGCUGCCCGCGGUCUCGACGUCCCCGGCCUGGCAAUGGUUUUCAACUUUGACUGCCCCACUCACCUCGAAGACUACGUCCACCGCUGCGGUCGUACCGGCCGAGCAGGCAACAAGGGCACAGCCAUCACCCUCCUCGAGGACCCCGGCCAGGAGCGCUUCGCCGUCCACAUCGUCAAGGCCCUCAAGGAGAGCGACACGCCCGUCCCCGAAGGCGUCCAAGCCAUGGCCGACACGUUCCUCGAGAAGACCAAGACCGGCGCCGAGAAGUUCUACGGCGGCUUCGGCGGCAAGGGCCUCGACCGCCUCGACGCCGCGCGCGCCCUCGAAAAGAAACGCGAAAAGCGCGCCCACAAAGUCGAAGGCGAAGACGACUCAGACGACGAACCCGAGCUCCCCGCCCUCGCCCCCGACACCGCCAACCCCGGCCUCGCCAAACCCACCGACCCCGCCACCAAACCCCCCGAAGACCAGCCCUCGUGGAUGAAACUCCUCAACUCGAAAAUCGUGGUCCAGAAAACCGAGCGCCCCGACACCAGCGCGCCCGGAAAACCCAUGUCCGCCAAAGAACGCGCCCUCGCCGCCGCCAACAAAGUCGACGGCCGCCUCUCCAAGAAGGGCAUGAUCCACGCGGGGCAGCCCAUCGACAACAAGGGCCCCGACGCAGGGCUGUACCACAGCACCAUCGAGAUCAACGAUUUCCCGCAGAAGGCGCGCUGGGCGGUGACGAACCGGACCAACGUCGCGAAGAUCCUGGAGAACACGGGGGUCAGUAUUACGACAAAGGGGAAUUUCUACGCCCCUGGGAAAGAGCCGGGGGAGCUGGAGUUGCCGAAGUUGUAUAUUCUCGUCGAGGGCGAUACGGAGAAUGUGGUUACGCAGGCCAUGAUGGAACUCACCCGUUUGCUGCGCGAGGGCACGAUUGCGGCCGAGGAUGCGGGUGCCGUGCGCGGGCCUACGGGCAGGUAUAGUGUGGUCUGAGGUAUGUGUGUGCGUGCUUUUUUGCUUUUUAUGGGAUUAUGGGGGGUGGGUGGGUGGAUGGUGGUGGAUACGGUGGUGCUGUGGUGCUGUCUGGCUGGUGCUGUGGUGCCGCCUGGAGCGAUCCCGUCCUCCCCUGCGCCAUCAAAGUAAGUCCCCCCCCCUGCGCCGGAGUAAUACCAUUGAUAACCACGCCCGCUCCCAGGACCC